AAGGAUCCUCUUUAUAUAUGAGAGGAAAUCCCAACAUAGUACAAAUACAUUUAUUACAAAGAUAUGGAGAUGGGACAACUAGUUAAUGCCAUGAUGCGAGCUUAGACUAGCCUAACAGACUUUGUCGGCUCUAGCUGCACACUUUGGGAACUCCCCACUUUCUCUACAUAACCGUCAGUUCGUACUGCUCCAAGGUCGAGUGUCGAUGGCCCUCGAGGGAUGAAACUCGACCGUGGUUUCGAGCCUUCGAGAUGUCAUAGCGAUGGAAAAGUGGACCCUCCGAUUUUACCGUAUACAGAUAGUCCCCACAUUUCUUAGAGUAGAACGAUAAGAAACUAUUUUGAUAUCCAUCUCUUUGAAUUUCCAUGAUGAUGUCAUACUGAUGAUGCAAGCUUCCAUGAUAACCGAGACGUCCCGUCAUUUCAUCUUUCCAGAAUCAUUCAAUGCACUGUCGAUUCUUAUUCUUCAAAGUGAUAAUGUCGCCACCGGUUUAGCUCCCAAAAAUGCAUUGAUUGCUUAUGCCGGUACGUUUUUCAAAUACAUUGAUGGCACCGUCAGUUACGCUGCCACCCUUUCCAUAAAUGGGAGCUUCCUCGAAUCAAUUCUUCAUUACAAUGUUCUUCAAUCAGCCUUUCACUCAUUUCUUCUCUCCAUCCUCAUCCAUUGUCAUUUCCCAUGUCUGAGGCCCGUGGCCUUAAAGCUUCAUGGUGGCAUUCUCAUCAGUUAUACCAUGGCUUUUUUCUAGGGCUCUUCCUUACUGAGCGAGAUUACACCAACCCAUUAUUGUUGUUGUUGUUGUUGUUCUUACUGCUAUCAUCAUUGGCUCGAAACGAGGAGAUAGGGGGUUGAUUUCUUCCCACUCAAGAAAAUGUUUGGACUUUACACCGCUGCUCAGGAGGGUGUUCGGACUUUACACUACUGCUCACCUCCUCCGACUACCUAGUGCGGUGCCUCACUCCUUCUGCUUUUCGUGGAGUAAGGUGGUAUAUCUACUAACUGGUGCAUCCCCGCACCGGUGUAACGUUUCAAUAACUUGCUUCACAAUAGUAGUGCUGGCGAAAUCCAUACUAGCCAGAUUUUUCACCCAGCCACUUCUUCAUCCCUUUCUGCUUCUCUCGCGUAACUUUUCUCUUCUCUAUCACUUUCCACUUCUUCAUCUUCGCCGUUGGAGAUGUCAUUCUAGAGGACCAAGAUGAGACCCCCGAGGAGGUAGUGAUUGAAGAUACUGCCACCGAGAAUGCAUCCCCGAGGAGAUGGUGCUCGAAGAUGCUGCCACCGAGGAUGUAACCCCGAGAAUAAAUUAGGCUCUUUGCUUUUACUAUAUGUAUACUUUUGCUUCUUUGUUUUUAUGUAAGGACCCCUCGUGGGCUUUUGUAAUCAAGUGUUUAUGAAUAUAAAGAUGUUUCUUCAAUUUGUCUCUGAUGUAUGCUAUAUUUCCCUUUAUCUACGCUUGUGAAGAAUAUGAGUUCAUGACUCCACCGAUUGGCACAAAUAUCGAGCCCGGGUGUGAGUAUUUCUUCUGACUUUUGAUUAAUUAACACGGCUCCCCACAGAACCCUUUUCUGUUCCUUGGACCGAGCCCAGAUUGGACUGAUAAACUCGGGUCAUCGGGACCCUGACUUCAAGUUGAAUAAGAGUAGGGCUUUGAACCUUCCGACCAAGACUUAGCCUUUAGACCUUGUGAUAAUCUUUGAAGGGGAAUUUGCUCAGAAGCCCGAGAAUAGAGACUGCCUUUAGGCUUUCGAGAAUAGUCCCCGAGUGGGGGUUUUCUCAAACUCGAGCCACCUGGAAACUUGUUUUGAAGUUAGUGUAGAUAGCCUUAAGGUGUUGUAGAUAGAUCCCAGAUGAGGGUUUACCCGGGUUUAGAUGGUACCCCAAGGCCAAGCCCAUAUGAGUAAAGUUUAAGCGUUUAUUUUCUUCGUGAGAGAAGCCCUCGAGAUCGGGUACCAUGUCGAGUCUCUUAAUGAUAUCAAUGGCCCCUUGGAGCAUGUUUUCUUCUCAGUGGGGGUCAUCGAGAUUGGGUACCAUCUCAGGACAUAUAGUGAGGGCAUUGGUAUCCUGGAGCCUAUUUUCUUUUCGAUGGAGGUCCUCGAGAUCGGGUACUAUCUUGGAACUUGCAAUGAUGCCAAUGGCUUCCUAGAGUCUAACUUCAUUUUUAUGGAGGUCCUCAAGAUCGGGUAUUAUCUCAGGACUUGCAAUGAUGUCAAUGGCUUCCUGGAGCAUAACGUUUUUUUGAUGGAGGUCCUCAAGAUCGGGUACUAUCUCGGGACUUGGUUGAUGCGGGGGUCUUCGACCCCGAAACAUCGUAUGGCGACGGUGAGUGUAUGAUAUGGUUAUAAAAUGACCGAGGCAAUUCUGUCGGCAUAUCUUUCCAAAGCGUUAAAAGCUUUAGCCAAUAUUUUAAUCGGCCUUUGAGGCAGAUAGGUGGUCACCUCUUUUCCCAUAUAUGGCGUUGUCUUCGCCCUUUUGGAGAUUCCGUUAUUUUGAGUAGUUAUCCUCUUUCAUAGAGUUCUCCUUUCUUGUGCCAAUUUUCUUAUAACUCAAAUUUUUCGCCCAAGUCCUUAUUUCUCCUUUUUUAUCAUAGCCAUGGCUACUUCAUUAGGGUCCGCUCGGCAAGGAGAAGGGAGCUCCGCCUCUAGGCACUUUGUUUUGGGAGGGAAACUCCCGUCAGAAAAGACUCCCAAUGCUCGAGGUUGUUGGGAGUAUGCCUCGAAGUUUAUUUCUUUAAUAGGAGAAAAGCACCUUUAGUUGGUGAGGAAGAAUUGUGGAUAGGGAUAAAAGGUAGCAUUGUGGUACCUUGCCUGGAGGAGAGCAUCAUGGACCAUGCCGAGGGAUUUUUGAAUGUGUACACGUACCACUUUACACUGGGCCGCAUUGAUGGAGUUGUGCUCAACUUCCGUCGAAAGUACCAGGUUACCUUGGCGUAGAUUCACUCAUCAUUUUGGAUAGUAUUGAUGAUGAGGUUCUUUGCAGAAGACGUGGGCCUUGAAUUCACUCUCAAUCACCUUAUCAGGCUGUAUCAACCCUUUCAUCAUUGAGGCCUACUGACCCUGCGAUGCCGAUCCACCACACCUUUCAUUGUUGACGAUGAAGAAGAUGGAGAUUGGGGAUGGAUGAGCUGAUUCGUCCCGAUACGUGCUAUGUGAUUUGCUCUCCCCUUUUUCUCUCAGACGGGUGUUUUUUCUUUCUGCAUACUAACUCUAUCAUCGUAGGCAUUGGAGAGUCCCUCAAAACGUGGUCAUUCCCUUUAGGAGAGGGAGAAGAUUGCCAACUUCCGGGCUAAAGAAUGAUAACAACAAGCAAGAAAUGCCUUUGUAGGGCGAUGGUGCUCAAAGAAAGCCUAAACAAGACCGGGGGCUCAGAGAAGAUGUAUUGACUGAGUUGCUUCACCCCCAAUUUCUGGUUUUGGAAAGGCAGUUUCUCCUCUGCUGCUGUCUACUUUAUCCGUCGAAGGUACUUCAAGGGAUACUAAAAAAUCGGGAUCGUAUACACCGAGAGACCGUAUCCCAACCAGGGUCGGCUCUUCUGGGGCUAAGGAAGCCAUACUAGCAGAUGUGUACUCAACCUUCGAGGAAGCUCAACGGCUUCACUCUGUGGUGAGUUUUGGCAAAGGCCCUUUGAGUUUUGCGCCUUCCCUUUCUAUUGAGUUUUCUUUUGCAGGCCUUUGACAAGCUUAAGUCCGAGUUGUUUCACCGUAAGGCCAGGCUGUAGAAGGCUUUAGAUGGGGAGAAAUCCCUUAGGCUCCUUUGUGACGAAAGGGAAUUCGAGUUGGCACGCUUACGGUAUGAGGUGAGUCGAAGCUUGAAUUAUGAGAGCUACCUGAAAGGGCAGGUAGUUUUUGUUCCGAGGGAGUGUGUGUUCCUUCUUCUAGCUCCUGAGGCUCAUGAUUCAUUUAUUUCAGUUGUAGAAAAAGAUGGAGUACCUGGAGCGCCUUCGGAAUGAAGUUGGCCGAGCCAAGCACGAGUAUGAUGAGUUAAAGGCUCAGGGGGACGCUCAGGCUUCGGUGGAGAAGGGUGCUCUAGCUAAAGCUUCUGCCCUAGAGGUUCAACUUUGCUUAGCUCGUGAUAAUAGCUUGGUUCGAACAGAUAUGAUUACGAAGCUCGAGUCUGAGCUUUUGAAGAUAAAGGAUGAGGUUGUGGAGUCCCGGGCUAAAGCUGUAAUGAGUCGAACUAAGGCUGACCAGAAAGUGACGGUCUAUUUGAAAGACGUUGCCGAUGCUCCAGCUAAGCUAAGAAGGACUUGUGAGCGUAAGGGCAGGAGCAAGGAAUAUGCUCAGCACAAGUCUCGAAGGGAAACCUUUGAGAAGAUCCAUGCUAGAGGCUUUGACCUCUUGGAAGAGGUGAAGCGAGCGAGGGCGAACGAACGUGGCCCUAAGUCACUUCUGUCUGACACCGAGGAUAGUGAGGAUGAGGACGAUGAGCCAUAGUCCCCAAGGGGGAAGUAGAUUUCCUUUUCUGAUUCUGUACAUAGUACUUUCGAAGUAUGUUGUAAAUGGAGCUUGUAUUUUUCUGCAUAUAUGUAUAAAAGGAAAGCUUCGCGGUUCGAGCUCUUAUGCUUGUGUUCUUAGGUGUGUCUAGUCAACUAUUUUGGGUUCAGUCUCUGAGUCGGGUAUCAACUUGAGCUUAGUCAGCCCUCAAGUUUUUUGAAUUGCAAGCUGGACCUUAGGCUCUUCGUACUGGGUCGGCGCAACCUUUGGUUUUAGCACUAGCGACAGUGGCUAUUAUUCGUUUGGUCGUUGCAACCUUCGAUUUUAGCGCUGGCAAUUGUGGCUCUUACGCUUUUGCUCUUAGGCAUAUUUAGUUAACUAUUUUGGGUUCAUUCUCCUUAUCGGGUUUUGAC